UGUUUAUUCGAAAGAGGUGGAAUGCUAUUUUAAUGAGUUCGACUUCGGUAGAUUCUUGACGUUCUCAAGAGUCGGGCGUGGCGCCUAGAAUAAUAAAUAUAGAAAGUUGUUGGAACUAACGGCGAUCAAGCUAAUUCUGAAAAUGGACGAACAACAAGUUUUUAUAAUUUCUGCAGCCCGGACGCCGAUAGGAUCGCUCUGCGGCUCUUUGUCUACUCUGAAGGCGUCAGACUUAGGAAGCAUAGUCAUCAAGGAAAGUCUGUCUAGGGCAGAGCUGGAUGGUAAUUACGUUGAGGAAGUGAUCAUGGGCCAAACCCUGACCUCAGGACAAGGACAGAAUCCAGCAAGGCAGGCAGCUAUAAAGGCUGGCAUCCCCAUAUCUGUACCUGCAUAUCAAAUCAACAUGCUCUGUGGAUCUGGACUGAAGGCGAUCGUGAAUGGGUACACAUCGAUAUUAGCUGGUGAGAAACAAGUGGUAGUAGCUGGUGGACAAGAGUCUAUGAGCCUAGCACAGCAUUCGAUAUACUUGAGGAAGGGAACGGCAUUGGGAAAUGCUACUAUGGUAGACACAUUGAUUGUCGAUGGAUUGACAGAUGCUUUUGAGAAUGUUCAUAUGGGAAUAACAGCCGAAAACAUAGCUAAGAAAUAUAAUAUCAGCCGAGAAGAGCAAGAUAAGUAUGCGGCAAAAUCACAACAAAGGGUUGAGGCUGCUGUAGCAGCAGGGAACUUCGACAUGGAAAUUGUACCUGUGAUAAUACCGACUAGAAAAGAAACCAUAGUCGUGUCCAAGGAUGAAUUUCCUAAACCAGGAACAACUGUUGAUGGAUUGGCAAAGUUACGACCGGCUUUUAUCAAGGACGAGGGAACUGUGACCGCUGGAAAUGCAUCAGGAGUUAACGAUGGCGCAGCAGCUGUAGUAUUAAUGUCCAAAGGCGCAGCUGUAGCAAAAGAUGUUCUUUCAAAAGCCCUUGCCAGAAUCGUAGCGGUUGCUCAAACAGGUUUAGAGCCCAGCCUGAUGGGAAUGGGACCAGUUUCAGCAGUGAAUUUAGUAUUGCAAAAGGCUAAGUGGACGAAAGAAGAAGUCGAUUUGUACGAACUAAACGAGGCUUUUGCCGCUCAAUCGAUUGCAUGCGUACAAGAGCUCGGAUUAGAUAUAAAAAAAGUCAAUGUAAAUGGUGGCGCGAUUGCACUCGGCCAUCCCAUAGGGGCUUCAGGAGCCAGGGUUCUGGUGACUUUGCUUCACGCCUUACAACGUACCAACGGCAAGAAGGGAGUAGCAUCACUAUGUAUUGGGGGAGGUAUGGGAAUAGCGAUUGCUGUUGAGAGGCAAUGAUAAUAGUAGAUAUCACUAAUAGGUCGAUACCUAAAUUUGUUAGUGAAUCAAUCAGUGUUACUAACUCUAAGGUAAUUCCAAAACUAUCCAAUGGAUUGAAACAAUUUAAAAUGGAUAAAUAGCUGCUUCCUAACUACAGCUGUAAAUAGCUAACUUUCGAUUAGUCAUUUAUUUAAUAUAGAUAAGAAAUGACUUGCAUACACAGUGACUUUAAGAAUGCCUCUAAAUCAAUACGAAAUGGUACACAAGUAUUCAGAUUUUAGCAAUUACUUCACUCAAUAUCCUUACUUUUCCUGUUGCAAACCAUAGCAAUUUGCUUGAUAUUAUCUGUUAUCUAUGAUAUUAAAUAUCAACUAUUCAGUCUAUUAUAUAUUCAAGAUUUUAUAAGUUUGUUCUAUUGUUAUUCGACAUGAGAGGAUAAAAGAUGACGAAGAAAAUAAAAUUUUACACCGGUUAA